AUGUCGUUUAAGAAGGACGAAGAGGUCGGAGCCACCGGCUUCUACCAGGACAAGAGUUCCGUCAUUCAAGAAGCUCGUGUCUUCAACGAGACGCCCAUCAGUCCCCGAAAAUGCCGUAUCCUCCUCACCAAAGUCAUCUAUCUCUUGUACAUGGGCGAGACCUUCAGCCGACAAGAAGCCACCACUCUCUUCUUUGGCGCAACCAAGCUCUUCCAGCACAAAGACCCAGCACUUCGACAGAUGGUCUACCUGGCCAUCAAGGAGCUCUGCCCCUUUUCCGACGAUGUCAUCAUGGUCACCGCCUCCAUCAUGAAGGAUAUGCAGCCCAACGUUGAAGUCAUCUACCGUCCCAAUGCUAUCCGUGGUCUUACUCGCGUCGUUGACCCCUCCAUGGUUCAGGGUCUUGAGCGAUUCUUCAAGUCCGCCAUUGUCGACAAGAACACUUCCAUCAGCUCCGCCGCCCUUGUCUCCGCUUACCAACUUCAGACCGCCGCUAGGGAUGUCGUUCGCAGGUGGGGUAGCGAGGCUCAGGAGGCCAUCAGCUCCAAGAGCUCGUCCGGAGCCAGCUUCUCUAGUGGCUUCGCUGGAGCGGGUAGCUACCUCGGCUUCGCCGGAUACGGCUCGUCACAGUCCCAGCAACAGAGCAGCUACCAGGCCGUCGCCAGCAGCAGUUACAUCACCCAAUACCACGCCCUUGGUCUUCUCUAUCUCAUCCGACAGGGCGAUCGCAUGGCCAUCACCAAGCUUGUUCAGCAGCUUGGAGGUGGUCGCGGCGGUGCUUCUAGCGGUCAAGGCAGUGUUUUGCGCAGUCCCUACGCCAUCUGCAUGCUUGUUCGAUACGCUGCCAAGGUUGCCGAAGAAGAUCCCAACCUUCGUGCUCCCAUGAUGGAGCUCCUCGAAGGAUGGCUCCGACACAAGAGCGACAUGGUCAACUACGAAGCUGCUCGUGUCAUUUGCGAGAUGAAGGGCGUGUCCACCCAGGACCUCUACCGACCCAUCGCCGUCCUCCAACUCUUCCUCUCUUCUCCCAAGUCGACCCUCAAGUUCGCCGCCAUUCGGACACUCGCCAAGCUCGCUCAGACUCAGCCUGCUGCCGUUCAGACCUGCAACGUCGACAUGGAGAACCUCAUCACCGACACCAACCGAAGCAUUGCCACGUACGCCAUCACCACCCUGCUCAAGACCGGUAAUGAGGCUUCCGUUGACCGUCUCAUGAAGCAGAUCAGCGGCUUCAUGUCCGAGAUCAGUGACGAGUUCAAGGUCAUCGUCGUCGAUGCCAUUCGCAGUCUCUGCCUCAAGUUCCCUUCAAAACAGACCGUUAUGCUCAGCUUCCUCGCUGGUGUGCUUCGCGACGAAGGUGGAUUCGAGUACAAGCGUGCUGUCGUCGAGGCCAUCUUUGAUAUGAUCAAGUUCAUCGGCGAAUGCAAGGAGACUGCUCUCGCUCACCUUUGCGAGUUUAUCGAGGAUUGCGAGUUCACCAAGCUUAGCGUUCGCAUCUUGCACCUUCUCGGUGUCGAGGGUCCCAAGAUGCCCCAACCCCACAAGUACAUUCGCUACAUAUACAACCGUGUCAUUCUCGAGAACGCCAUUGUACGAGCUGCUGCCGUAAGCUCGCUCGCCAAGUUCGGUAUUACCGACAAGUCGCUCAACACCCGAAUCAAGGUGUUGCUCGAGCGAUGUCUCGAUGAUGUCGAUGACGAGGUGCGCGACCGUGCUGCCAUGUACCUUCGUGUGUUGCGCGGGUCAAGGUUGGCGGCUAAGGUGGUGAACGACGAGUCGAGCUACAAGCUUACUGCGCUCGAGUCGGCCUUGCAAUCGUACGUCUCGGAUCCCUCUUCGUCUACGAGUGGAUUCGACAUUAGCAAGAUCCCACGUGUCACUCGCGAGGAGGCAAGACAAGAAGCACUUCGAGCCAAGACACAAGCGACCGCAAGUGUUGCUAUGGCCGCUGACAGCUCACAAAGCGUGCACGCUGCUUCCAACAACGGUGCUUCUUCGUCCAAGGCUGCUUCGUCGGCCGACUCCGAGACUUUGUAUGCCAAGCAAUUGGCUGAGGUGCCUCAGUUCGCCGACUAUGGAACGGUGCUCAAGAGCUCUACCAAGCCGGUGGAGCUCACAGAGUCCGAGACCGAGUACGUCGUCAGUGCAGUCAAGCACAUCUUUGCCGAACACGUCGUUAUUCAGUACAACGUCACAAACACCUUGCCAGAUACUGUCCUCGAGAACGUCGCUGUCGUAGUUGGUGGAGCUGCUGAAGCCGGUUUACGGGAAGACUUUAUCGUCACUGUCCCCGCUCUUUCGGCGCAGAAUCCGAGCGGUCAAGUCUAUGUCUCAUUCACACGCGAAGGCGGUGCAGAAGACUACGCCCAAGGAACCCUCACCAACACUCUCCGUUUCGUUUCGAAAGAAGUCGACCCAUCUUCCGGCGAACCCGAAGAAGAAGGCUACGACGACGAAUACCAGACCGAAGAACUCGAGCUUGGCGUUGCAGACUACAUCAAACCCGUCUAUGCCAACUUUGGUGAAGAGUGGGACAAGUUGGCAUCUGCACCUACUGCAACGGAGACUUUCGCGCUCACAGCAUUGGACGGGCUCAAGACGGCAUGCGAUACAUUGAUCGAGUUGUUGGGAAUGAUGCCUUUAGGUGGAACGGAGAGUCCUUCUUCGACGUCUGUUCAUACUUUGAAUUUGUCAGGUGCGGUAGCGGCACCGGGUAAAGCGGUGAAGGCUUUGACGAGGUGCAGAAUGACUUUUGCUGCUGGACAGGGUGUGACGAUGGAGUUGUCUGUCAGGGCCGAGUCGGAUGCUGCUUGCCAGCUGGUGAUGAGCGCGAUUGCUUAG